AUGGCAGAAGAAAGUGUAUUUCGGGAUCUCCUGGAAAUCCUGAUGAGCGCCUCAAGUGAAAUUGAGCAGGCCUACAAGGACUCCUGUGAAUUGGUAGAUCUAGACACCUGCCUGCUGCUCAUAGCAGAGUGUUUCAGAUGUCUGAGGAAUGCCUGUGUUGAGUGUGCCAAGAACCAACAUGUCAUGAGGAACUUGGGUCUCAUCUCUACAUCUGUCCGUUUGAUCAAAUUGCUUCAUGGAAUACAAAUCAAAGAAGAAUUGUUAUUGACUGCUCUUCGUUGUAGCCUCCAGUUUCUUGGAAACAUUGCAGCAGGAAACGGAGAUUCCCAGAAUAGCAUUUGGAAGUGUGCUUUCCCAGAUCUCUUCUUGACAUGCCUAACAUACAGUGAUGAGAAAAUUGUUGCCUAUUGUUGUAUGGUCCUGUUCACCUGCCUUAAUUCAGAGAAAGUGAGAGAACUACUGGAUCCUGGGAACUUGACUGUGGCUCUCCAUGUCCUGAAAGUCUACAAAGAGCAGUUGGAGUCUGAGUGGUCGUUCUUGAUUGUUACAGACCAUUUGCUGAAAUGUCCAGAGUUGGUAAAAGCCCUCUAUGCCAAACUGAGCAAUCAAGAAAGAGUUACUUUGUUAGAGCUGAUAAUGGCGAAAGUAAGUGAGAAGAACCCAGCUACCAGUGAAGAAAUGAAUGUGUUCAUGAGGCAUGCUGACUUCCUUGCAGGCUGUUUCCAAGAGAAAUGUGAAGCUGUGCUCAAGUUAACUUCUGCAGCAGAUGCAGAAGAUGAGGAAGCACUGGUUACAAUUCGUCUUCUUGAUGUUCUUUGUGAAAUGACAUCGAACAACGGACAGCUAGAACAUCUACAGGCUUUGCCUGGUUUGCUUGAAACAGCCAUAGAUACCCUGAGAUUAACUCAUCUUGCUGGGAAACAGGCUGUAAAUAUUUUCACUGCCACACAUGCUAUGACAGGGCAGGAGGAAAUUUCACAUCCAGCUGUGGGUUUGAAAUCUCAUCUCAUUCGUUUGAUUGGAAAUUUGUGUUACAAAAAUAAGGAAAACCAAGACAAGGUUUAUGAGUUAGAUGGCAUCCCCUUGAUCCUGGACAACUGCAGCAUUGAUGACAACAAUCCUUUUGUGAACCAGUGGGCAGUAUAUGCUAUCCGAAAUCUCACUGAACAGAAUGAGAGAAACCAAGAGCUUAUUGCACAGAUGGAGGAGAAGGGGCUGGCAGACAAUUCUGCCCUUGAGAGUAUGGGUUUAGAGAUAGAGAAACGAGAUGACAAGUUAAUUCUGAGAUCUGUCAGGAAAAAGCCCUCGUGA